CUCUCUCUCUCUAUUUUUUUUCUAUAUAGCCCAAGGUAUUAAAUUGAUAACUCUACAAUGAUUUAGAUCUUAGAGGUGAGAGUUUCUUUUUUUGUUUAAGAAAUUGUCACUUUUAAAAAAGAAAGAAAAAAGUUUGUCGUUUUUGAGAAUUAAUUUGCAGACUCUUAACUUAAGUAUUGACAAUAUUAUCUUAAACUAUGUAACAAUAACAAUGUGAGUUCAUUUUCACUUAAAGUGGUUGCUGUUUCUAAUUAUAAUCUACCCUUAUGGCAUUUAAGCGUUUUAGAGGAAAUACUGAAGCAUGAAAGUCUUAAGAAUGAAAAUGGGAAUAGAUGGACGAUUAUUUUUCUUCAUUUGAUUAGUUUUACUAUUUGACAUUGUAUUAUUGGAAUUAAAGACAAUAAAUGGACGUUUCUUUUUACUAUUAGAUUUGGUAAUUAAAUCUCUUCUUUUGUAUGACAUCAAUCAAAUUAUCUAGUAUAACUUGGUAAUCACCUAAAUAGUUUUCACUUUUCAGAUAUUUUCUUGUUUUUGAAUAAAGGUCUUAUGAACUUAAUCUUAUAUUCAGGACCCAUCUUACUUUGGAUUUCACCAGUUUCACUUACACAAUAAAUUUAUAUCUUUAUUUUGAUUUAGAGCAUAUCCAAGAAGAAACCUCAUUUUGAGGGUAAGAGAUCCUCAAAAUGAAAGUUUGAGAACGGGUUGCUCAAAGAAAAAAACUUCAACUUUAUCUUUAAAAUGGAAUAUAAUUUGCAAUUUAAUCAUUAACUUUAAUAUAAAUUAAUUACAAAUAUUACACUUUAUGUAGCUAAAUAAUACAUACGGGUUAAAAUAUUAAAAAUAAUAUUUAUAAAUGCAGUUUAUUAUAAAAAUACAUGAAAUAAUAAUAUAAACACACACAUUAAUUCAUAAAAAUAUAAAAAUUCAAAACAUUCAUAUUUGUAUUUCCAUAGUGUUCAAUUAAGGUAUUUCAAAGUAAAAAAUGAGUUUCUUUAUUUAUUUUUAUCUGAAGAUUACGAGUUAAAACUCUUGGAAUCGAGUAUUUUCAUUUCUCGUUAUUUCAACGGUUUCUUUUGAUGCCAUCUAACCGGUAUGUUGAUAUCACGUCACUUUUCAAUUAUCAUGUUAUGCAUUAUAAUGCACAUUGUCAUUAUAUCAUGCAAUACUUUUUUCUAAUAACGUGAUCAUCCUGCUAUGAUGGCAAAUUUUGACUGUAGAAUAUAAUGCACAUUGUCAUUAUAUCAUGCGAUAUUUUUUUCUAGUAACGUGAUCAUCCUGCUAUGAUAGCAAAUUUUGACUGUAGAAUAUAUAUUCUUAUACUUUUAAUCUUUAAUUUAUAAGAUAUUGUUCAAUAUAAUAUAAUUUUGUGUGAAAUAAUAAUUUUAUUUUAAAUAAUAUUAGUUUACGUUAGUUUUUUAUUUUAACAUAUUUAUAUAUUUUAAGCAUUAAUAAUAUAUAAAACAUAUUUGAAUACUUAGGUGAAAUACAGUUAUAAAGAUUAAAGUGAUAAAAAUUAAUAUUAGUACAACUAUAUGUAAGUUACAAAAUUAUAAGGACUCAACUGAAAGUAAAUAAUAUUUUGAUGUUUUAAAUAGUAUAACCUCAAAAUUUGAGGGUUUGAAAGUUUUUUGGAGAGCAAAAAAACCCAAAAAUUGAGGGUAUGAAUGUCUCUUAGAAAUGCUCUUAGUCAAAAUUUUAUUUUCGUUAGCAAAUAUAUUCAUUUCCAUAUUUAUAGGACUCAUUUUGAGGGAAAAAAUCCUAGAAAGCCUAAGCAAUAGAUCAUCACACAUAAAGAUAUAUAUAGACUAUUCCAAAAUUGAUAAGACAAGUAAAAUAGAGGAGUGUCCUUGAUUCUCUGAAGCCUCUUGGUCUCAUCUCAAAUUUAACAUUCGUAAACAAUAUUGGUCUCUUCUCCAAUUUAGGAAACGUUAAAGAUAUACCAUAUAAAUAAAAUAUAAAAUAAACUAAACCCAAAAAGAAUACCAUUUGAAGACUUCGGAUUUUGUUAAUUUUAAGAACAAAGACUUCAGAUUUUGCUUGUCAUCCAAAGUUCUUGGAACAGCCAAAAAAUCUAUGUUGGAUACGUUUCUCCGAGAAAAACGCUAUAUUAACAAAAGGGUAUCGACCAAACAUGGGAGCAUACAAAUCUGAGGACGAUUAUGAUUACCUGUUCAAAGUUGUGUUAACAGGAGAUUCCGGUGUCGGAAAAUCAAAUCUGCUCUCCCGAUUCACCAAAAACGACUUCAGCCACGAUUCGCGCUCGACCAUUGGCGUCGAAUUCGCCACACGGAGCAUUCAAGUCGACGACAAGAUUGUCAAAGCUCAAAUAUGGGAUACUGCGGGCCAAGAAAGGUAUCGAGCCAUCACGAGCGCUUAUUACCGAGGAGCCGUUGGUGCGUUAUUGGUCUACGACGUAACACGGCACGUGACAUUCGAGAACGUUGAGAGAUGGCUAAAGGAGUUAAGGAACCACACAGACGCAAACAUUGUGAUUAUGCUAGUAGGUAACAAAUCUGAUCUGCGUCACCUUCGAGCCAUCCCGACUGAAGAAGUGAAAGCUUUUGCAGAGAGAGAGAACACUUUCUUCAUGGAGACUUCGGCACUCGAAGCAUUAAACGUCGAAAGCGCUUUCACAGAGGUUCUCACUCAGAUUUACAGAGUCGUUAGCAAGAAUGCUCUUGAAGGUGGAGCUGAUCCAACCACUGCUUUGCCUAAAGGACAGGUGAUUAAUGUUGGAAGCAGAGAUGAUGUUUCAGCGGUCAAGAAAGCGGGUUGCUGCUCGACAUAAUAGCCGGCCUCGAAAUUUUAAAGGGUCUUAAACAAUUUAGUAAAAU